UGACCUUUGCACUUCUUGUUUACACCCACAUGUCUGCAUGAUUUUUCCAAUCUGCUUUGGCAGAAACAUAAGAACAAUGAGCACAUUUGUUUCACGAAUCAAUCGAAUAACCGGAAAGAUGGAGUGGGAUUUUAGAGACGAUGAAUACGAUUUUAAACAGGAAAUUGCAAGUUGAUGAUUGCCAAUGUGUGUCAAACCAAGCACAGCAAGUAGAUCAAUAUCUGUUCGUGUCAACCCAAAGUUGUGCUGCUGCAAGUUGAUGAUUGCCAAUCUGUGUCAAACCAAGUCCUCUUAUGCUGACAUGCUGCAUGACACAGAGAGGAAUCGCUUGUAUUAUGAAGGCUUGAAAGUUGCUAUAGAGCUGAAGCGCAAAGCAGGGCAAGCCGUGCACGUCCUUGACAUUGGCACUGGGACUGGUCUGCUGUCAAUGAUGGCUGCGAGGCUUGGGGCAGACACUGUACAUGCUUGUGAGGCUUUUACUCCCAUGGCAGAGUGUGCCAAGAAAAUUAUUGCAGAGAAUGGCUUCACUGACAAAAUAACCGUCAUCCCAAAACGAUCCACAGAGCUUAAGAUUGGACCAGAUAUGCCUUGUCGCGCCAACAUCCUGGUCACUGAAGUGUUUGACACAGAGCUGAUUGGUGAAGGAGCCAUCUCAACAUUUACGCAUGCUCAUAAUGAACUUUUAGAGGAGGGCUGUAUAGUGGUCCCUUCUAGGGGCACAGUCUUUAUCCAGCUUGUGAGUUCAGAGCUGGUGAGACGUUGGAAUCAGAUCACAGACUUCAGCGGGCCGCUGGACUUGAGAACACCCCCUGGUAUCCUGCGAUGUGGAGGGGCCCCUAGUCUGCAUGACUUACAGCUGGACCAGCUCCCAGAAGACAAGUUUACAAAACUCUCUGAGCCUUUCAAGGUUUUCAGUUUUGACUUCACGGGCCAAUCACCUCUACUUGCGGACCGAACAACCAAGUCGUCUGUGGAGAUGAUCGUGUCUGGGUCUGUGGACGCGGUGUUUAUGUGGUGGGACCUUGAGAUGGACCCUGAAGGGGAAAUCACUCUGAGCUGUGCGCCGCAUUGGGCCCAUCCAACCCCACAUAACAUGCAGUGGCGGGACCACUGGAUGCAGGCAAUCUACUACCCGUACAGUCAGCUUACAGUUGAGAAAGGGGAGACCAUCAAUGUGAUCAGUAAACAUGACGAGUACAGCCUUUGGUUUGAUGUGGCAAAAGGGCACUUGCAAGGUGGUUGUCUAGAUGAUAGGCCUAUCUGCACAUGUGGUGCUCACAUCGCUUAUAGCCGGUCCAGAAUGGGCAUGCUUAGUGACCCUGCACGGCGUGACACAUACACCAGGAUACUCAAACAGCACAUCAAGGCAGGGGAGAGCACCGUGUUGUGUAUAAGUGAUGGAAGUCUGCUGCCUCUAAUGGCUGCCAGGUUGGGAGCCAAACAUGUCUACGUCAUUGAGAGCAACUUCCUGUGUACUAGGGUGAUGGGGGAAUUUGUGACGGUCAAUGGACUUAAAGAUCGGGUCACGAUACUUGACAGAUCAGUUCAGGAUAUACAAGCUGCAGAUAUACCUGACAAGAUUGACAUCGUGGUGGGGGAGCCAGUGUUCCAGACAGCCGUCCUACCUUGGGAUGCAAUCUCGUUCUGGUACAUAGCCCAGGCCUUGGGGUCUUGCUUGAGCCCUGGGUUGGUCUGUCUCCCCAGGACCCUCACUGUGUAUGCCCUUCCGGUGGAGUAUGAACAUCUUUGGAAGAUACGGGCCAACGUGGGUGUUUCUGAGGGAUUUGACAUCAGUCAGUUUGACAAGCUUAUUCAGUCAAACAGUGAGAGUGUGGAUGAAGUGGUAGAGCCCCAGCCCCUGUGGGAGUACCCCUGUCGCGCCUCUGGGCCGGUCAUGCCAGUUCUCACAGUGGACGGGACACAGCCAUUGGAUAGCAUGCCAUUGUUGGAGAAUGUGGUACAACUGCAUGUAGACAGUAAUCAACCAUGCAAUGGAAUAGCAUUAUGGGCAGAGUUUAAUUUCGGAGAUGAUCACGUGAUAUCUACUGGCCCCACUCAGCCAAUCAAAAUUGGCUGCAAGGUCAUAUGGGACUAUUAUUCGAAACAGGGUGUGCACUUGUUCUAUAACAAUACAAAAUCAUCAGGCCAGCUUCUGACAAACUCUGCAAUCGAGGCAACUGUGAAGUUUGAUCCUGCACAUGGGGAGUUGUGUUUCAAAUUCACACCACAUUGGUCCAAUUCUUAAUACAGGCUGUACAAUUGUAUAUGAAUUUUGUUCUUUACACAUGAUUAAAGGCACUGAUAUACUCACA